AUGGAUAAGUUCCUCAUGAGCUCUCCAAGACAACUCGCCCAGCCCUUUGAUGUUGGAAAUGAAUCACCUCUAGUUCACUUUGAAGGGAUCGAUUUGCACGAUUCAGAGCAUGAAAGUAAGCAAGAUUUGAUCAGUAAUAACAUGGUUAUAGGUCAUAGUCUUGAAAGUGAGUUCAGGUCCAACGAUAGUACUGAUAAGGAUACUUAUUUGAAUGAGUUGGUCCCUGUAUCUAAUAAUAGUAAUGCCAGUAUUCGAAGUAGCAAUACACUUCAAUUAAACAACAAUGAUGGCUCCAUAGCUGCAGAAUCUUUCAGACUGGACUUAGAAAUGCUGACGGCCAAAUUUCAACACUCGAAGAAUAUCUCUUUAAGUGACGAUUUCUAUAACACGCAAUCAAUCAGUCAUGAGCCGUACUAUAAGAAUUCUAACCAUCAAUCGAAGUUAUCAACGUCAUCGAUGGUGUCAGUGAAUCAGGAUCCACCGCUGGUUCAUCAUUCUCGUCCGAGCAUACACCAGCAUUCAUUUUCAACGAAUACAAUACGAUCUGCUGAUUCAGUACCUGCAUUAUCUUCUUCAAUUUCGAAUCAGUCUUUACUGGAUUCUCCUUCGUCAUUUCAGCAAUUGCAGUACAGGCUGAGUCAGCAGCAAAAUUCUAUGGCUACACCAAGAAAGAUUGAGAGAAAUAGAUCAUUUUCGGGUGCUUCCACAAGCUAUGCAACCCCUUUGAAAGGAAAUAAUUCGAAAAGCACGUCACCUAUCGCAUAUAUGAAUAAUAAAGUGAAUAAGACACCUCAUUCUACAAAGGCUCGUGGACACGAAAGAUCGAGAUCUAGAGUAUCAUUAGACUCGUCAAAUAUCCCUUUAGUAACAAAUUCAAAUUUCAAGUCAAGCCCAUUUCAAAAUUUAAACGUGAACUUGAACAAUUUUAAUAAUUCUCCAUAUGUCUCACCGAAAAUUGAAAGAUAUGCUGAAUUCGAAGAGUUAAACACACCAUUGCCAACACCAAGAAAUCCUAAUCAAUUGGGAAUGUAUUCAGCUCAACAAGGUGGUUAUUUUAGUCCCAUUCCAAAUUGGAAUGCUUCCAAAUCAUUUAGUGCUCCUUACUCUAUUAAAGAGAACGAUAUUUUAGAAUCUAUUAAAAUAGAGGAUCAGGAAGAUGAUGCGCUUAAAGAAUUGAAGAAAGCAAAGUCAUACACGAAUUUCCAAUCACCUUAUGUUACUAAAAAUUUAUCGAAUCCAAUUCAAUUUCAUGUUGACACAAAGGAUGAAGAUAUGUUCUUCAACACAGCUGAAUUAUCCCUUAAUAUCGCCUCUCAGGACUCUUUGAAUAGAGACCUUGAUAACAACAUGCUAUCAUCAAAUUCAACACCAGGCAAAAUCUACUCGCCUCCAAAUCAUUCCUUUGCUAUUCCGUCUUCCUAUUCGGUUCCCUCAACCAGUGGCAUAGGUGAUUUUGAUUCAACGAACUCUUUAAAUUCACGAGAAUCUGCGAUAUUCAGCUCUCAAUCGUUUAAGAAUCAGUCUAUUGAUUUAUUGCUGCCUCAAAUUAUAACUCAGAGAUUAUCUUCUUCAGAUAAUUUAAACAAUCAGACUAAGAGUCUGCAUUUUCCGACAUACUUGGGAAAUGCAUCUUUUACAAAAUCUUAUCCUGCUUCUAUCGACUUGGCUUCUAUUGCUACUUCUCCAAUUAACUCCUCCAUUUCUGCUCCUCCAACUUCCACCGUGCAAUAUCAAAACUUACAGGGAAUUCAUCCUGGUGAGACUUUAACUCAGCUCACUCCGUCUGCAACCUUUAACCAGCCGCUGAAUUUAAAGUUUGGCUCACCUAUAAAUCCUCAAACAAAAUUUCAGGGAGACGGGAAGUUACCGAUAAAAGUUUCAUAUAAGACUGACAAGGUUGAUCCGAAAAAGAAACAUCAAUGCCCAAUUUGUCAAGCUAGAUUUCAACGACCAGAACAUGUGAAAAGGCAUUUGAAGAGCCAUUCUUCCGAGAAGCCAUUCGAGUGCGAUGAACCAAACUGCGGUAAGUGUUUUAAUAGAAAAGACAAUCUUAAAGCACACUUGAAAAAGAUUCACGGAAGAAAACUCUGA